AUGCAAUGGUUGCAGUACACGUGGGAGAAGUCAUUGAUGAGAACGAGUGGUUUUUUUGGGGGGUUUGGCUUCGGCGUAGAUUAUUUAGCAGAGGAAGGGGGCGGCGUUGGAGGACUCUCCCUUGGGAUUUUUGUGUUUGCCUUGAGUGAUGUUGAGGAUGCGAACUUCGUCGUAACCAUCAGUGUCGAAGAGGUUGAUGAUGAGAACCAGUUGAGAGAUGUCGCUGACGGAGUCAUCACUGCUGGCAGGGCAGAGAUUCUGGAUUCAAUAUUUGGAAUUAGGGUGGGGGCCUGA